GCGAGUCCUUUUUCUACAACCGCGUUCGUCUUUUGUCCCCCUUCUCUUUCCGGUACGUUUGAGAGAGCACGUUGUAAUCCUGUGUAUCGCGCGUGGUUUUUGUAUCACGGAAUAUGUCCAAUAUAUUAAUAUAGUUAUUAAUACUUCCUAUCGCUGUGUUUCUCCUGCCCACAUCCCCAAACUCAACAGGUUAUGGGCCCAGGAGCGAAGUAAGUGUAGCAAAUAGAUAAAAAAGAAAAAAAAGAAAAGUGAGGUUAGAAGUGACCAGCCACCACGUAUCGCCAUGAGCAUCGCAAAUAUGCAACAAAUCGAGAAAUUAGGAGAUGGUAACUAUGAAUCAUGGAAAAUUCAAAUGAAAAGUAUUUUGCGAUACAAUGAGUUAUGGGAUUACGUAAAUGGGAUGAUUAUUAAGACAGAAAACGGAAAAAGCGCUAGAUUUAAUUAUAUUGAGUUUGCAGAAAAUACAGUACAAUCACAUUAAAAAGGCUGAAACUUCACUGGAAGCAUGGGAAGCAUUGAAAAAGGUGUAUGAGUCACAGGGACCCAUGAGGUAGUGCAUUUUAUUUAAACAAUUAUAUACAGAGAAACCAGACCAUGGCACAGUAUGUAGAUGAUUUUGUACACAAGGUAGAACAACUUACAGAAGCAGGCAUCAAAUUACCUGAAACAGUUAUACCGAUAAUGUUGUUAACUUCCUUAUCAUCUGAGUAUGAGACAUUCUGUAUAGCCAUUGAGUCAAGAGAAAUAAUGCCCACUCUAGAUGAACUUAAGGUAAAGUUACUUGAGGAGGAAAUUCGAAAGGCAGAUAACGAUUUAUUGAAAGACGUUGACAAAGAGACGGCUUUACUAUCAAACAAGAGAACGUUUCAAGAGAAGAAACCGCAGAAGCAACCCUUCCAAAAGCAUAGGCCUGAGUAUACUCACAAUAGGAAAUAUAAUGAUAAGUGUUUUAUAUGUGGUAAAGCAGGACAUUUAGCCAGAUUUUGUAAGAGCAAGCAGAAGGUUGUUACAUCAAAAAACAACACAGAAGAGGCAAUGUUUGCAAGUGCAUUCAACAGUGGUCCUAGUACAUCAGGUGAUUGGUAUCUAGACAGCAGAGCAACUGCACACAUGUGCAAUGACAAAAAGAUGUUUGAAACCCUCAAUGAAGAACGCAAGGAAAAGGUAUAUACAGCCACGGAUAGCAGCACUUGGUCCCUAGGUAAAGGAGAAGUAAAACUAAGCCUCGAUUCAAAGAACAAACAGUCCCUAGCAUAGCUAAAAAUGGAUAUAGCGUAACAUUUAAAGGAGAAUGAGCUGUUAUAAAGCGAAAGGAUGGAACUGUAGUACUAAUAGCACA